UUCAGUUGAUUUAUACCGAAUUCCCCCGCCCAACAGCUGCCCGAAUCCUGCACUGCCAUGGCCAGUAUUGCAGCAAAGCUCACCCAAAAACUGAACAUCAUAAAAGAGAAGAAAAAACAAAAGAAAAACCAAAAGCAAGAGCAAGACAAAGGCAAAGACGAAGAUCCGCUGCCCGUGUGGAGCCGACUGCUGAAGCACAAUGCGGAUGGUCGUAGGCGCAACGACAUCUCCGAGACGUCCCAGUAUCAGGUGGAGAUUUCCAAUCGUCUGUGGUCACUUUGGGGCAGUGCACAGCCCGUGGAGGUGGGUUCAUCUGCCGAGGCAUUAGUUAUGGGAAACCAGAAGCAGAGGGCCGCUGCCGAAGCUACAGUACCCGGACGUACGCUGGCUUGCUGUGUGAUGGCCUGCUGUGCCAGCAGCAGUCGUUCGUUGGAUGUUUGGGACUCUCACACGCUGGACAGAAUCAUGGUUAAUGGCCACAGGUACCACGAUGCCAGUGCUAAGAGCUUACAGAGGCCAGAGGGGGCUGGGGAGCUGGCACUGGAGAAUCUGCUGACCGCCUGCUCCAUGGACGGCAAUCACUUCUGGGUGAACACGGAGAAAGUGAUCAAUGGGAUACUCUACAACAGGCACAGGAGCCUUGGGGCAGCACUCAGCAUCUUCUUCACUCACCACCACAAGACGGGCAUCCUGCAGCUCAAGGAUAAGGCGCUGGUCUUUGGCUUCAUGCCCGAGGUCUCGGCCGGUGGCGCCUUCUUCAUGUUCCACUGCCAGGCGCAGGGCAAACCGCUCUUCAAGGACUCUGAGAGGGCUCCCUAUGUGCUGCGUAUGCGCCAGAUGCAGCAGCUGCUGCACUGCAUCCUGACCACACUCAACGAACGCAGCUGGAAUGUGCCCUUCAAGAUACACAAGGUGUCGUGUGUGGCCAGGAAUCGAACAAGGGCGUAGCAUAUGGUAGGGGGGGAUUCGGUAUGAAAUGGAAGCAAAAUUAAAUAUACAUUUUAAAGGAAUUGAA